GCUGCCCCGGGAAGGGCGGGCAGCGGGGCCGCCGGGAAGGGCCGCUCUCAGCCCUCACAGAUGUGCUCCGGGCCCCGGCAGCAGGCAGUACCCGAUUAUCAAGAGUGAAGCUCCCCAGCGCUCCCCAGCAAUGGCAGGGAAAAAAGUCCUGAUAGUCUAUGCACACCAAGAGCCCAAGUCCUUCAAUGGAUCUUUGCUGAAGAUUGCUGUGGAAGAGCUGACCAAGCAGGGCUGCAGCGUCACCGUGUCGGAUUUGUACGCCAUGCAGUUUGAGCCCAGAGCAACAAGGAACGACAUUGUUGGUCACCUGCACAACUCAGAAGCCUUCAAUUAUGGUGUGGAAACCUGGGAAGCUUACAAGAGAGGAGCUUUGUCCAAAGACCUGGUUGAAGAGCAGAAGAAAGUGCAGGAAGCAGACCUGCUGAUUUUCCAGUUUCCCUUGUUUUGGUUCAACAUGCCUGCAAUCCUGAAGGGCUGGAUGGACAGAGUCUUGGUCCAAGGCUUUGCUUACGAUUUGUCAAAGGUUUAUGAUGGUGGCUUGCUCCAGGGCAAAUUAUCCCUCUUUUCGUUCACCACGGGAGGAGGCCAAGAGAUGUAUUCAAAAGAAGGUAUCGGUGGUGAUGUUCGCUAUGUCCUGUGGCCCAUGCAGCAUGGAAUCAUGCACUUCUGUGGUGUCAAAGUCCUUGAACCUCACAUCUGUUAUGCUCCAGAGAAUGUCUCUGAGGAGAAGAGGAAGGAGAUGCUGGCUGCCUGGAGCCAGCGCCUGAAGACUCUUUGGAAGGAAGAGCCCAUAGACUGCUCUCCUGAGUGGUAUUUCAAGUAAUGGUCAGGGGCAAGACUACAGAGAGAAGAUUUUCUUUUUCCCCAUUCUUUUUGAUGCUCUAUCUAAAUACCUGAACACUAAUCUCCUAAUUCAAAUAUAUUUUAAGAAUUUUGAAUACUACAUCUAGCAGUUUAACUGACAACAUGGCAUUUAUCUUCACUGAUUCCCAAGAGAUUCCCUUCAAGGAUGGGUGCAAAACUCUUUAUGUUGUUCUCCUUGUUCACAUAAAUUGUGUCAUCCUGCUUCCCGUGCUUGAUAACACAUAUGAUAUUUCAUGGCAGAUUGUACCAUUGCUGCUUGUGAAACAGUAUGUGGCCAAGUUUAUUUUAACACUUUUUGUACCAGUUGCCACUUUUUUUUUUCUUUGCCAGGGAAUAUGGUGUCCAUACUCAACCUUUAAAAGCCCAAGAUGGAUUGUGGUAGCGCUACACUUGUGCCUUGGAGCAACAAAACCAUGAGUAGUGUUGCAAAAGGAUGUACCAUUGCAAAGUGUCUUUAACAGCUGGAAAGCCUUGUGGGCAGCCCUAGGCUUCUCCAGAUCC